CAUUAACUUACUUACAUCGUUACAAUAAGGAAAGUUUAACAAUUUUAUAAUUUUUUCUGGAAAAUAGGAAAAAUAGAGUCGAAAAUGUUUUUUCAAAGAAUGCUACACAAAUUUAUCAAGUGUUUUUGGGCGAUACUGACGUAUCUACAAUUAGUUAAAAAUAAAACAUUAAAUAUAGUGCCCGUGUCAGUAAAUUAUCAUUUUACGAGAAAGUGUAAUUACUCGUGUGGUUUUUGCUUUCACACAGCUAAAACUUCUUAUGUGGCUCCACUGGGGGAUAUUAAAGUCGCCCUACGCAAACUAAUGCUAAAAGGAAUGAAGAAACUUAAUUUGUCUGGUGGCGAACCGUUCUUGUAUCCGGAGCUUGUGGGUGAGAUCUGCAAAUUUUGUAAAGUUGAUUUGAAUCUGGAGUCGGUGUCGAUUGUCACAAAUGGAUCGAAAGUUAAAGAGAGCUUCUUCAAGAAGUAUGGUGUAUAUGUGGAUUAUAUAGCAGUUUCUGUCGACUCGUUUGAUGAAGAAACAAAUAUAAAUAUUGGUCGAGGAAAAGGAAAGCAUCUCAUUCAGUUAGAUUAUGUAUCGCAAUGGUGUCAACAGUACAACAUCAGAUUCAAAUUAAACACAGUGGUCAACCGGUUCAACCAUUUGGAAGAUCUAUCCCAAAAUAUUGCACUGCUAAAUCCUUUCCGCUGGAAAUGUUUUCAAGUUCUUCCAGUAGACACUGAAAAUGUUGGACAAAUCGCAAAACGAGACUGUUCUGAGUUCCUAAUUACCGAUGAUGAAUUCGGUGAAUUCUGUCGGCGACAUCAACAUCUUCCGUGCUUUGUUCCGGUAUCAAAUGUUGUGAUGAAAAACUCAUACAUUAUCUUGGACGAGUAUCUCCGAUUCCUUAACAAAGGCGAUUUUUACAAAGAAUCAGAAUCGAUUCUGAAUGUUGAUGAUAUUGAUCCCCUACUUCAGUCCACUGACUAUAAACAUAACAUGUUUAUAGAACGAGGUGGCUAUGAUUGGUGGACUAAACGUUCCGCUUGUGAUUCGGUAGAUCCAGAGCUGGACUGGUGAUACAAUUUAAAACAUUUAAUUACUGUUCCGGUACAAAUUUCUGCUUGAAUACUUGU